CAGCGAAAAAGUUGCGGUCUUUAUAAAUAAAAGCAAAAAGGAAAAUAGGAAAAAAUCGAAAUUCAAAAAAAUAAAAAAUAAAAAUCAUACAAUUACAGAUCGUCUUCCUCGUCUGGAUUUCUCCGAUUAUUAUACAUAAGCUCUUCGAUUAAGGAACCCCCAGGUUCGAUUUUGUCGGACAAGAUCGGCCAAAUAAAAUUUCAGGGGAUUAGAGAAUAUGGAGUCUCACGAUGAGACAGGGUGCAAAGCCCCUGAAGGCCCCAUCCUUUGCAUCAACAACUGUGGCUUCUUCGGGAGUGCGGCUACCAUGAAUAUGUGCUCCAAAUGUCACAAGGAGAUGAUCCUGAAGCAGGAACAGGCGCAACUCGCAGCAGCAUCCAUUGGAAGCAUUGUGAACGGCUGCUCAACUGGGAAUGGUAAGGAACCAGCUGUGGCUGCUGCUUUGGAUGUACACUCCGGAAAUGCUGACUCAAAGAUAGUCUCGGCUGAACUAACCGUUGAUCCAUCCGGAAUGACUUCAAGUGGGAUGAAGUCGAAAGAGGGUCCCAAUAGGUGUACCAAAUGCUGCAAACGUGUUGGUUUGACAGGAUUUAACUGCAAGUGUGGGAACCUCUUCUGUGUUGCUCACCGUUACUCUGACAAACAUGAAUGCCCUUUCGAUUACCAAGCUGCCGGUCGUGAUGCUAUCGCAAAGGCCAACCCCUUGGUCCGGGCGGAGAAGCUCGAUAAGAUCUGAGAGACCCGGAUCAAGAUGAGUGUGAAGGUUUUAUGUGAGUUGGUUGUUUGUCUCGUCAGUUGUCCCCUUGUUCGAUAUUACAUGUUGGAGUCCAUCAUAGGAAGGGACACGAUUGAAGUGUAAGUCUAUAUUUCCCCAGUUUGUGUAAGUCUUUAUUUGUGCUGGUUUGAUGGACAUCGAUACGAUAACCUUGUAAUGCUUCUUUGUGGUAUGCAUUUCUUUCUAAUUUAAGAUGCCUACUAGUUCAAAAACUAUGUUCA